AUGGUUGAACCUGCCGAGACGAAACACGCAUUGCUGAGUACUUUUGCAUCAAUGCCGAAUGUUACAUUCAUCUGGAAAUAUGAAAAUGAAAAUUCAGCUAUUGCUAUUGAGCAUACCAACGUGUAUCUGAGUGGAUGGAUCCCACAAGCUGCACUUCUUAGUGAUGCUAGAUUAUCGCUAUUCAUCACUCAUGGAGGGAUCGCUAGUACUAACGAGGUGGCAUUCAUGGGAAAACCAGCUAUCGUAGUGCCGUUAUUUGGCGACCAAAUGCGUAACGCGCGAAUGUUGGUGCGACACGGAGGGGCCAUAAUGCUGCAGAAGUUCGACAUCGCAGACGCGGAAAAACUACGCACUGCAAUUGCAACUGUUCUCGAAGAUCCAAGUUUCAAUGAGAAAGCGCAACGGCUUCGCCAAAUGCUUCGGAACCAACCUAUUUCUCCACACGAACUUCUGCUGAAGCAUGCGGAAUUUGCUGCCAGGACCUCUAAAGGUAUGUGCUAUAGCCGGUAUUGUCAAAGAUCAUGCCAGAGCCAAUAUCCUGAUGUUGAAUACCUGGGGGAAACAUGGAAUCCUUGGCGUCAAACAGCCGUCUCGCAACAUUGUACUGCAAUUCGUUGUCAGCCAGAAGAAGCAUCUGUGAAGGAGGUUGCGUUGUCAGCUGAAACGUGA